AUGUGUCGUUUAAUGCACUUUUUGUUUUACUUCUCCCUGCUGAUCGUAAUAAAAGGAUCGCUCAGCCGGGCCCGGUUGGCCGAGAGCAGCCUGAAGUGCGUCUCGUACCAGUGCAAGGACGGCGAGUGCAAGGAGGGCAUCGAUGUGUGCGAGGAGGCCGAGCCCGACCGGCCCGUGGGCUGCUUCGUCGUCUGGACGACGAACAACGUUACCAACGAGGUAAACGUAACGCUGAAAGGAUGCUUCACGAACCCGACCGAAUGCAACAACACCGAGUGCAUCGACACGACGACGUACGCGAAGAAAAACCUCAACUACUGUUGCUGCCGGGGCAGCAUGUGCAACCGGGAGCACAAGUGGAUCCCGGAGGCGACCAAAGCACCCGAGAUGAUGCACACGGUCGACCACGAGUCGAGCUUCUGGCUGAUCUUUAUCAUCGGGAUGGGGUCCUCGCUUGUCGCGAUGGUUGUCAUCACGGUCGUGUACGUGACGCACAAGAAGCAGGCAAUGUUUAACGAAAUACCAACGGUCGAGCCCGAUAUUUCCAACUCGUCCACCAACAUAGCGCACCGUCCGAUCGAUCUGAAGGACAUUAAGGCGCGCGGCCGGUUCGGUGUGGUGUGGAGGGCGCAGCUCGGCAACCAGGAGGUGGCCGUAAAGAUCUUCCCCAUGCAGGAGCGCCAAUCGUGGAUCACGGAGCAGGACAUUUUCAAGCUGCCCCGGAUGAACCAUCCCAACAUACUGGAGUUUAUCGGGUGCGAGAAGCGAAGCGAUAUGGCCAGCACCGACUUCUGGCUGAUCACGGCGUACUGCGAGAACGGCUCGCUGUGCGACUUCCUCAAGGCGCACACGGUCAGCUGGGCCGAGCUGUGCAAGAUCGCGACGACGAUGGCGCGCGGCCUGACGCACCUGCACGAGGAGAUCCAGAGCAGCCGCACCGACGGGCUGAAGCCGUCGAUCGCCCACCGGGACUUCAAGAGCAAGAACGUCCUGCUGAAGGCGGACCUGACCGCCUGCAUCGCCGACUUUGGGCUAGCGCUUGUCUUUACGCCCGGAAAGUCUUGCGGUGAUACGCACGGGCAGGUCGGUACGCGCCGCUACAUGGCACCGGAGGUGCUGGAGGGUGCGAUCAACUUCACGCGCGACGCCUUCCUGCGCAUCGACGUGUACGCGUGCGGGCUGGUGCUGUGGGAGCUGGUGUCCCGCUGCACCGUGCACGGCGGCCCGGUCGACGAGUACCGGCUACCGUUCGAGGCGGAGCUCGGCCCCCAUCCGACGCUGGAAGAGAUGCAGGACAAUGUGGUGACGAAAAAGUUGCGCCCGCGCAUCUUCGACCCGUGGCGCCAUCAUCCGGGACUGGUUGCAAUCUGCGAAACGAUGGAAGACUGCUGGGAUCACGAUGCCGAGGCGCGGCUAUCGUCCUCCUGUGUGCUCGAGCGGCUGUCCCAGUACGCCCGGUUUCCCACCCGGCAGUACUUCGUCGCCACCAACACCACGAACGAGCUGCCGGCCAAACUGGCUACCGAAAGCCUUUAACACGAGGCGUGCGCCCGCGGCAGGCAUACGAGCGCGAUCGAAAUUGCGCCCAAAAAACUAUAAUAAGCGAUAAAGAGAGGCGCGCGUUGUAUUACACAUUUAUCAACUCUUCAGCUGCUUUGUGGUGGACUGUGUGGGGGCGCCUGGAAGGGAAUGCUUUGAGACAAAUAUGCACACACACUCACAAACACAGAAACACACAGCGACUGAAGAGAAUUUCUGAGAGUAUAGAGACAGAGGACGAUUGUUUUUUUAGCCUUAAUGAUUUAUGUGUGUGUGUGUGUGAACACACAUACACACACAUACAUGCAAACGACGUAAUAAUGGUGGUACAAUUGUAGCAAACGGAUAUUUAAGCGAAGCUUCCUGACAGUUCUUGUAUUUUUUUUUUACAAACAUUAAAAGUAUAACCAUCCUAGCACACGCGGGAGGAAAAUCUUUCGCCGUUUGCAAAAUCUGUUUUUUUUUUUUGUUUUUAGCCCUCCCGCUUGAAGGCGUGAUCCAGAGCACAUCUUUUCAACAAGUACCUCUGUGUUUGCCACAGCACACUGCUCUUUUCUGCUGCAAGUCGCGCCAUUACGCUCAUUAUGUUAACAAACUAUUAACAACACUGUAACAACACUUUUUUAGGGUGGUUUUAGUCUAAACUGGCUAAAGCACGUGUUAGGGAGAGGCAGCAGAGAAGUGAAGAAAACCGACUGGUUGCCGAUUGGCUGCUGAUGCGCGUGGCUUUGUGUUUGCCUGGUACGUUUAGUACUAAACGCGCACCCUAUUGAAACACACGAUGUGUGUAUAUGUGUAUGAUUUGUAUGAUUUUGUUUAGUGCUUAUGGAUAGAUCCCCUCCCACAUCCCCUCAUUUUUAUUUUGGUUCAUUUCUGAGCAUUAAUCCACCGAUAACACAUUGAUUCGAUUGUCAAAGCAAGUUCAAACUAUUAUUAUUAUUACAACUACUAUUACUACUACUACUACUACUACUACUACUGCUACUAUUAUAUUAUUAUUUUAUAAGAGAGCCAGCUCGUUAGGAGGGCCCCCAUCACAACACUAGCUAGCGGACUGGGGAGGAAACAUGUGAUGGGGACGGUAGGGAACGGGAGGGGGGUAACGCCUGUAUGGUGUACCCUGCUACAGUUGUCGAACAAGAAAUUAACGUCCACACGAAAGUGAGUCGCGCGAGUGAGGUUUAGCGGUAAGAAUGUGCAGGCAAGGUAGGAGAGCGGCAGGCGCCAUAAUAAAGUUUGUCCCUUGGGGGGGUUGUUGUAUCGUGUGAGGAAUUUUUUCAUCUUUUUUCUGUUUGUUUUUGGUUUGGUACGAAUAUGUGUUUCUUUUAUGAUUUGUUUUACAACGAGCUUUCGAGCAAGUUUAGUAAUUUUGUAUGUAAACUUUUUUUGGUACAAUUCUGUUUCUUUCAUUUGCCAAAAUUAACCCCAGAAACGAUCGUUACAUUAAUGUCUUUUUGUCUUUAGUUUUUGUUUUUUUUUUAUCGUAAGGUUUCGGAGAGGUCUCUUAAAUCUCUUGCCUAGCGAACUGAAAACACAGCACUGAACAAGACUAAGAAAAAAGAAGGAUAAAAUCUGAAACAUUGUAAACUGCCCGAUUUUGUAAUAAUACAAAAUAUAUAAUGUAUUGCAAAUACAGAA